UACAGGGCACUCCAGAAAGUUCUGCACCGCGGCAGCGUAUAAAUAAAGCCAGCCAUCUUUCAAGGAAGGAAAGCCAGCUGAUACGACUCGUGCAGGAGGUUGGAACGUGGAUUCUCCCGGAGUUGAAUUCCCUAUCAAGCGUUAAGAUCAUCUGCAGUUAAGAUGGUUCGGGAAACCGGUUAUUACGACCUCUUAGGAGUAAAUCCCAAAGCCUCUCCUGAUGAAAUUAAGAAAGCAUACAGAAAGCUGGCUUUGAAAUACCACCCGGACAAAAACCCCAGCGAAGGAGAGAGGUUUAAGCUCAUUUCUCAGGCCUACGAGGUCCUGUCGGAUGCAAAGAAGAGAGAUCUGUAUGACCAAGGUGGGGAACAAGCGAUCAAGGAUGGUGGGAGUGGUGGAGAUUUCUCCUCACCAAUGGACAUCUUCAACAUGUUCUUUGGAGGGGGAGGGAGAAUGCAGCGAGAGAGGCGAGGGAAGAAUGUUGUUCACCAGCUCAGCGUAACACUGGACGAGAUGUACAAUGGUGCAACAAGGAAACUCGGUCUCCAGAAGAAUGUUAUCUGUGAAAAAUGUGAUGGUUACGGAGGGAAGAAAGGCACUUUGGAGAAGUGCUCAAACUGCAAAGGGAGGGGUGUUCAGAUCCAGGUGCAGCAGAUCGGCCCAGGCAUGAUCCAGCAGAUCCAGAGCAUGUGUGCAGACUGCCAGGGCCAGGGCGAGAGGUUCAGCUCCAAGGACCGCUGCAAGGUCUGCAACGGCCACAAAGUGGAGCGCAAGAAGAAGAUCCUGGAAGUGCACAUCGAUAAAGGAAUGAAAGAUGGCCAAAAGAUCACAUUCCACGGAGAGGGUGACCAAGAGCCUGGGCUGGAACCAGGUGAUGUCAUAAUUGUCCUGGACCAGAAGGAUCAUCCAGACUUCCAGAGGCAGGAGGACAACCUCAUCAUGAAGAUGGAAAUCAAGCUGGUGGAAGCAUUGUGUGGGUUCAAGAAGACCAUCUCUACCCUCGACAACAGAAUGCUUGUCAUCAGCUCACCACAAGGUCAGGUUGUUAAGCACAAUGAUAUCAAAUAUGUCCAGAACGAAGGUAUGCCUGUGUACAGGGACCCCUAUGAGAAAGGACAGCUCAUUAUUCAGUUUAUGGUGGAGUUCCCAGAAAAGCACUGGCUCCCCGUUCACCUGCUGCCGCAGCUGGAGGCCCUGCUGCCCGAGAGGGAUGACGUGAUGCUGACGGACGACAUGGAGGAGGUGGACCUGAACGAAAUGGACUACGAGUCCCAGCGGAGGAGCUUCAGUGGCGAGGCCUACGAAGAGGACGAUAGCCCCCGCGGCGGGGUGCAGUGCCAGACACAGUGAAUGCAGCUCCCACAGAGCCCACCAUCCACCAUUUUACAACCUCAUGCAUGCCCCUUCUCCGCGUGUAGCCCGAUUUUUGUAAAUCAGUUCAGCAGGUAAAGAAAUAAUCCCUCAAGGGGCCAUGCAACAAACCUUGCAACACCCCCCCCCCCCAAUUAUUUUUUCUUUAAUGUACAUUUACAUUACCAAAAAAGGCCCUUGAGUGACCACAGGAACACCUAUGCUUUCUAUGAAGGUACCACUUUCAUUUUGUGUUAUCUAUGUAUUUAUUACGCACCCCAAAUAAAACCUUUUUUUUGUAA